UUCAAAAGAUUAUGCAGACAGUUUCACAUCAAAAUGGAAAUUAUCCUGGCUCUUAUUUUCAAUUUGAGGAAAGCGAAUUUUCAUCAGAGGAGCUUUUUCUUGAUGAUUACUCAACUGUGGUUGUUUGUGUUUGGCAAACGAUCAGCUCUAUAUUUCCAUUCGUGUUCAGAUCUUUGGCUGCUUCGUUUUUUAAGUUGAUAGUUUUGGCAUCUAUUGGGAAGUUCCACUGCCAGCAAACUUUAGACGACUUUCUGAAUGGAUUUAUAGGGUUUGCCCUUCUAUGUUCGAAUUCUGAGCGCUAUGCACUGAUGUUACCCUUCAUUCUUUAUUUUCUGCUGAGUUAUGCUUUAAUGAGCUUUGAUCUUAUUCAAAAUAAUAGCAAAGGACCUUUUUGUACGAUAUUCACAAUUUUAUAUAUUGCUAUAUGCCAAUUCUUUAUGGAUAUUGAUGAUUUUUUGAUGGUAAAUUUGUUAAACUUAUUAAACUAUUUUUUAAGUCUACCUCGGGAGACCAACACCCAUGAAUGUCGAUUACUGAAGAUUUACACUAGGUUUGUCAACACCCUUUUUUACAUGUUUAAUCGGGGGAUAUGGAGGAAUUAA